UGGUCACUUUUGGUAACAUUUAUCUCGAGGAGGACGGGAGAUAACUUCCAUUUGCAUACGCAUUAGUCCGUCAAACUGAUACCAACCAAUCGCUGGCAGUACAAUCGAAUUUAUAAAUUUGAGGUACGAAUGGGUUGGCGAGUCAUUUCUUCAGUUUCCAUUGAAAUCUUCAAGUGAAUGUCCUCUGUACGUGAGUAAACUUUGAGUCUGGUGACAAUGAGGUGCUUCGGUGUCACGUUACUGCUUUUUGCGGCAAUUCUUGGAAGAGUGAACCCACAACUUGUGUGCUACGUAUGUACGGACUGUGAAUUGAACCCACCGACGGUGGCGAUAUGCGGAGAUACUCUGCCAACGGAACAACCCACGUUGCCACCAGAUAUAACGCUGCCAACGACGCCAGAACCAACGUGUCCAACAUGUGGCACCCCGGAACCAACUUGUCCCACCUGUGGACCAGUUGAGACAACUCCAGUGUUUACGCCAACGCUACCAACGAGUCCAGAACCAACAACCACGACUCCAGAACCAACCUGUCCCACGUGUGCUCCAGAAACAACGCCCACUCCUACUCUACCCACAAGUCCUGAACCAACCUGUCCCACCUGCGGACCAGUUGAGACAACCCCGAUCUUCACACCAACCCUUCCAACGAGUCCACCACUCACAACCUCGACACCAGAACCGACCUGUCCCACCUGCGGACCAGCUGAGACAACCCCAAUUUUCACACCAACACUUCCCACAAGUCCACCGCUCACAACUUCGACACCAGAACCAACCUGUCCCACUUGUGGUCCAACCGAGACAACACCAAUCUUUACACCAACUCUGCCUACAUCUCCGGAACCAACUAUGGCACCCACAACAGAGCCAACCUGUCCCACUUGCGCUCCGGAACCAACUCCUACCCCUACUUUACCAACUAGUCCAGAACCAACCUGUCCCACCUGCGGACCAGUUGAGACAACCCCGAUUUUCACACCAACCCUUCCAACGAGUCCACCACUGACAACCUCGACCCCAGAACCAACCUGUCCCACCUGUGGUCCAGUCGAGACAACGCCCGUAUUCACACCAACUCUGCCCACGAGUCCACCACUCACAACUUCGACCCCAGAACCGACAUGUCCCACUUGCGGACCUGUUGAGACAACCCCAAUUUUCACACCAACUCUACCCACAAGUCCUGAACCUACUUGUGCAACUUGUGGAACUACAGAAUUCUGGACCGGCCUAACCACUCCUCCGUUCACCACCAUCUGGCCAACCUGGCCCUCCGACACGUGGCCAACGGUGCCAAUAACCUCAGCGGAACCCACCUGGCCAACUCCAUCCCUUACCACAGAACAAUCAACCUGGCCAACCGUCCCAAUUACCUCGGAAACGUCAACCUACCCAACCGUCCCGAUAACCUCAGCCACCUCAACCUACCCAACUGUCCCAAUAACGACCCAACUACCAACCUGGCCGACGGUCCCGAUAACCUCAGCCCAGCCAACCUGGCCGAAUCAACCCAUCACAACGACGACGACCACAAUCGCCCCCGUGAUCACAACCCCUUCGUUCACCACGAUCUGGCCUCCGUUGCUAACGCCCCCUCCGGUGCCCCAGAAGAAGCACCUGCCCGUUCCGGUGUACAUCUGCUACAGCACGGAGCGGAUCGUUAACAACCGAAUCGUCACCGACCGGGGCUGCACCAAGCGGGACCAGUCCGUGGCGACCACGUGCGACCGGGUGACCGACAACGGCGGGUACGAGCGGUGUUCGCUGUGCUCGUGGAGUAUUUGUAAUUUGUAGGUUAGGUAGGAGUUAGUUUUAAGGUAAAUUGAAUACAGCUAAACGAAACAAUUGUCAAUCUCAAUGCAUUCGUCAAUAGUCAAAAUAAAACAAAAAAUAUUGAUGGUAAUCGCAUUGAAACUGUUAUCGAAACAGUG